GUCACUCACCCAUCGGUCCUCGCUUCGGACGCAAAGAGGAUAGCGCAGAUUACCUAAUUCCCUCCCAGCUGCAUCGCUGACUACGCAAAACAUAGCAUAACUCUUUUAUGACACACUGAUACGGCAAAUUAAACGAAGCCUUUCUGACGCCCGGAAAAGAUCGUGUCGACCGCGUACAAGUGGUCACAGGUGUACUUUGCAUUCUGCCAUCAUGCAGAACUGCGGGUCAAUAUAACGAGAGUUACAUCGACAGCCGAGACUUAACACCUUUCAAUAUGAGAACAGCAGACACUAAUAUUGAUUGACCUACACCAGAAACACCCCUAGACUUUCUAUCUGGAGGUAUUCGAUAUCUUUCAGUCAUCUAUAGAGAGGGAGCAUUUUCUCAUGCAAUUGAACAUGAAAAGCGAUACCCCAAGAGCCCAGUGUGGCAAAUUGAGUUCAGCGACGGUUCCCUUCUGACACAUACUUGCCUAAAGCUGCUUGGCGAAACAUGACAAGUCAAUCAUAUCCGUGGGCCUUCGCAGAGAAUCCACUAGAAUGGCUUUUCCCAUAGUGGCCUGACGAUAAUCCCGGUCCCAAUCCGACUAAUAUUGCGCAUUCUGACACGGAAGGUUUUCCCCGUAAGGCUUUAAAAUGCUUGAUCGAGCCAGUUUUCCCCUUCUCUCUUUUCCAUCCGCUAAGUUUUCCACAUCGGCCUGAAUUGUCCUAAGCGGCGGGUAUAUCUCUCUCGCCAUGGUCCUACACUUGACGCAGCUACAGCGUCUUUCGCUUGUGAUCGGUAUCUCACUUUGCUUCUUCCUCGCUGAAAUUUCCGUUGGAUUCUACACAAAAUCACUCGCCCUCGUGGCUGACGCAUUCCAUUAUCUCAAUGAUAUCAUCGGAUUUAUCGUGGCAUUUGCUGCUGUGAAGAUAUCCUCAAAGAAGGAUUCGCCAAAAGACCUCUCCUUUGGCUGGCAGCGGGCUCGCCUACUCGGGGCAUUUUUCAAUGGUGUCUUUCUUCUCGCCCUUGGAGUCAGUAUUUUCCUACAGUCGAUUGAGCGAUUUAUCAGCCCGCAAGUGGUUGAAAGUCCAAAGCUGGUCCUUAUUAUUGGUUGUGUCGGGCUUGCCUUGAAUAUACUGAGCGCGUCUUUCCUUCACGAGCACGACCAUUCCCAUGAGAACACUCCCGGGGGGAACCUAGACGCGAGUGCUGAAAGUGGCAUCAACGAGGCUUAUACCUUCCAUACCGGCCACAGACACAAUAACAUCCAAGCUCAGAAGAAGGGAUACGACCUUGGCUUGCUCGGUGUUUUCAUCCACGUCCUUGGAGAUGCCUUCAAUAACGUCGGGGUCAUAAUCUCUGCGUUGAUCAUCUGGCUCACACAUUCUGCCUCCCGGUACUAUGCAGACCCGGCUAUUAGUAUGGCAAUCGCCCUAAUGAUCAUGGGAACAUCUAUUCCCCUCGUAAGGAACUCCGGCCUUAUUCUGCUGAACAGUGUCCCCAAGGGAAUCGAUCUGAGUGACGUGAAACAUGACCUUGAACUAUUGCCCGAAGUCUCAUCCGUUCACGAGUUACACGCCUGGCGUCUAAACCAGGAAAAGGCACUCGUUUCUGUGCACGUUGGCCUUCCCGACAUUCGCAUCUCAGAGUUCGUGAAGCUUGCAAAGACUAUGAACGAGUGCUUCCACAGCUACGGUAUCCAUUCUGCAAUUGUGCAGCCGGAGCUCAGUCAGACAGUAGAGAACACCACCACGAAGGGAGCCGAAGGGAAAUCAGAAUCAUGUCAAAUUACUUGCGGCUCUUCCUGUGAGCUGCUUACGUGCUGUGGCUAAGGGGGCCAAAGGCAAUACUUGGUCUAACUUAGGUCAUUGUAUUGGUUCUUCACGUUACAGGGGAUUAUUUAACUUCUGAGGGUGUUGAGGGCUGUGGACUCAAUUUACAUAACACAAUGUUGAGCAUGGUAGGAGAUCCAGUAUUUAUUUUCUCCAGGGGCUUCCUUGAUAAGUGAGGCUGGAGAAAAUGGAAGAUCCAGAUGUAAUUGACGCUGGAAUGACCUGCAUAUCCAAAUAAUUGUAACAUGAAGUCACCUUCUCCGCUCAAGGGGACAUGAACACAUGAUCUACAUCGUACAAUCCAAAAGGUUCUACAACUUAUCA